GAUCAUUGCAAAUUGCCGACUAGAUUUUAGGUUAUAAUGAAGUAAUGUUCCAAUCAGUGUUUGUAAGAAAUUUAUUAAAUUAGAAAUAUAUUUUGAUAUGAAAAACGUUUCAUAAUCAUACUAAUAAUAAUUAUAAUAAUAAUAAUAAAAAUAAAUGUUGAUUGCAAAGAAUAUAACGAGAAAUAUUCUAAAAAAAUGUCGUUCGCGGUUUCUUAGUGUGGAAAUAAAUAACACGCCGCAAAUUGAUGCUAAAGUCAUGCCAUUAAAUGUUAUUCCAGCAGAAGUGCGCCUGCAGGUUCUAGGCAGUGGAUCUAGAGCAGGAAGCACAUGUUUAGUUUUAAUUUCAGAUCGUAAGAGAUACAUGUUUAAUUGUGGAGAAGGAACACAAAGAUUAACUAGUGAGCACAAAACUAAAUUAUCCAAAAUAGAACACAUAUUUAUUACGUCUGGAAUUUGGAAAAAUUUGGGUGGGUUACCAGGAGUAAUAUUAUCGAUACAAGCUUUACCUGAAGAAACAGUAAAAAAUGACAACUGUUUAAAUGUUAUAAAUAUAACUGCACCUAAAAAAACCGGACAAAUGUUAAGGUUAUUAAGAGAAACUAACAUUAUGAAAAAAUUGUAUACUAGUUUUGACGAACCUGAGACAAUGAAACAGUAUGAGGAUAGUGUGAUGACUGUUUCAUGCAUACCAAUACAUUCAAAUGUGAACAAUAUAUCUUCUAAAUGCAUCUCCGAGACAAUAAUAGAUAAUGACACAGACGAUAAUAUUACAUAUGCCAAUAACGAUGGCAAAAGAAAACUUAACGAAAUUAAAACCGAAAAAAGAAUAAAGUUAAAUGAAAAUCUACCUGUGUUGUCCUAUAUUUGCAAAUUACAGGACAAGCUAGGUACUUUACAUUUAGAAAAAUGUCUUGCCAAAGGCAUUAAACCUGGUCCUAUCUUAGGACUUCUUAAAAAAGGGAAUGAUAUCACUUUAGGUGAUGGAACCGUCGUAAGAAACGAUGAAGUUUGUUCUCCUAAGCAAAUAGGUGCAACGUUUAUAGUUGUUGAUUGUCCAAAUGAGGACUACUUAGAAUCAUUUGUAAAUGAAACUGCUUUUGUAAAACACCAAAAAAAUGCCCUUGAUGAGAACGACAAACCAUAUUGUAUAAUACAUUUUACACCACAGGAGAUAAUUGAUAAUCCUAAAUACAAAGAGUGGAUGAAUAAUUUCGAUUCAAAUACUUAUCAUUUAAUAAUAAAUGAAAGCAACACUUGCUUGGGUAGCGAAGCAGUAUACAAACAACAACACAUGUAUAAUUUAUUAAAUCCUAAAAUGUUUCCUUAUUUGGAGACAAAAUGUUUUCAACAUGAAUCAGAUGUAAAUUGUCAAAAUCUUGAUACAGAUAAUAAUCUACGAAUACAUUAUGCUAAAACAUUACAAACUAUUCAAUUAAGACCUGAAAAAAAAUUCAACACAGACACUACGAUUUCUAUUGAUCGAGAAGUUUAUACGAAUGAGUUAUUCGAAAUAGAAAAUUUUUCUACAAUCCUGGAAGAACUUCGCGCUAUUAUCGAUCAAGAAACGAGUACAGAAGAAUAUCCGAAAUUUGUGAUGUUAGGUACCGGUUCUAGUAUACCUAGUAAAGUUAGAAAUACAAGUGCUAUUUUCGUGAGAAUAGAUGAAAGUACUAGUAUAUUAUUAGAUUGUAGUGAAGGAACAUUAUCUCAAUUAGCACGUGUUUAUGGUAUGACUGAACUUGAUCAUAUUCUAUCUACAAUCAAGGCAAUAUAUGUUUCUCAUAUGCAUGCUGAUCAUCAUUUGGGUUUAGUAGGGAUUAUAUUAGCUAGAGCAAGAGUCACAAAAGAACCCGUUGCUUUAUUAAUGCCAGACACUCUUAAAUCAUGGAUGAAUUAUUGUUAUGAACGCUUUGAUCAAUUUAAAGAAUGUGUUAAAUAUAUAUCAAACGAUGAUCUUUUGGCUCACAGAGUCAAGCGACAAAAUGUUGUAACGAUCAAACAAAAUUUGUUUAAUAAAUUGAAAAUUAAGGCACUUGAAACUACCUUAGUAAGGCACUGUAAUUUAUCAUAUGGAGUUUCUUUGAUUUUUGAAAAUGAUAAAAAAGUUGUCUACAGUGGUGAUACUAUGCCUUGUAACAGCUUAAUACAACUAGGUAUGCAUUGUGAUUUAUUGAUUCAUGAAGCAACUCUACAGGAUGAAUUAGCAAAAGAAGCAGAAAAGAAAAAACAUUCGACAGUAUCAAAUGCCAUAAAUGCUGGUGAGAAAAUGCAAUCAGGUUUUACUCUAUUGACGCAUUUUAGUCAAAGAAAUGCGAAAAUACCCAUUAUUUCCGAUAAGAGUAUAUAUGACCUAAGAAAAGUUGGCGUAGCACUUGAUCAUAUGCACUUCAAUCUAUCGCAAGUAAAAAAUUUACCUAUUAUAUAUCCAUAUCUAAAGACUAUACAUCAGGAAAGCGUGACAUUAGCGGAAGAACGUGUAUUAAAAAAAUUACAGAAACAAUUUACAUAAAAUAAAUAAAUAAAAUAAAUAUUAUUUUAAAUAUACCA